AUGGCGACUGUCGAAGCUACCAAUGGGGCUGCAGCUGCUGCCGUGGCGCAGAAUGGCGGCGGCGAGGAAGCAGAGGGCUACAAGUUGCGCUUCUGCACGGUGUGCGCAAGCAACCAGAACAGAUCCAUGGAAGGCCACCUCCGCCUCGCCCAGGCCGGCUACCCCGUAAUAUCCUUCGGCACCGGCUCGCUCGUUCGUCUCCCGGGCCCGACCAUCACGCAGCCCAACGUCUACCAGUUCAACAAGACCUCAUAUGACAGCAUGUACAAGGAGCUCGAGGGUAAGGACCCGCGCCUUUACCGCGCCAACGGCCUGCUGAACAUGCUCGGGCGGAACCGAGGCAUCAAGUGGGGACCGGAGAGGUGGCAGGACUGGCAGGUCGGGCACCCACGACAUGGUCGUGAUCAAGACCAGGGCCGCGAGGGCACCGAGAUGGGGCUAGUCGACGUCGUUAUCACCUGCGAAGAGAGGUGUUGGGAUAACGUGGUCGAUGACCUGCUUGCGAGGGGCUCACCCCUCAACCGGCCAGUUCACGUCAUCAACAUUGAUAUUAAGGACAAUCAUGAGGAGGCGUCUGUUGGAGGACGGGGCAUGGUCGACCUGGCCGACUCGUUGAACAAGGCCGCACAGGAGGAGCGUGAGGCUGUCGGAGCGGCUGCGUUUGAUGGGGGAAGUGCAGCUGCGCGAUCGGGAUUCGACGAGCGGGUCCCCGAUGUCCUAGCAGAGUGGCAAGAGCGGUGGCCAAAUCUUCCUGCUACGUGGACGUUGUCUUGGUUUUGA